AUGGUUUCGGAUUUUUACUAUGCUCUCUGCUCCUGUGAGUAUCUUUUUGGGGUUAAAGAAAUAGUUAGUGUUUACUGGUGGCUUCAAAGAGGUUCUAUGUUUGUGGUGUCUCAACCUCAGGUGAGAAAACUGUUAGGAGUAGAUGAAGACUGGAAAUGCAAAAGCCUUUUAGAUAUAGGAGCAGGAGAUGGAAAAGUUACGGACCAAAUAGCGCCAAUAUUUCAUAAGGUUUAUGCAACAGAAGUUUCAAGCACCAUGAGAACAUUACUUCAAAAGAAAGGCUAUGAACUACUGGAAAUUAAUGACUGGUUUGUGGACAAAAAAUUUGAUUUUAUAUCAUGUCUCAAUGUGAUCGAUCGCUGUGAUACUCCCCUAAAAUUAUUACAUCAAAUGAGAGAUGCAUUAACCCCAAACGGAACACUACUAUUAGCUGUUGUACUACCAUUUUCCGCAUAUGUAGAAGCAGGAACAAAUCAUAAACCCCGAGAACUAUUACCCAUAAGCGGACCUAAUUUUGAAGAUCAAGUUAAGAGUGUAAUAGACAAUGUCUUCACUCCGGCCAAUUUUGAAGUCGUUUCAUGGAGCAGAGUUCCUUAUUUAUGUGAAGGAGAUCUACAGCAAUCCUACUACUGGUUGGAUGAUGCAGUUUUCGUACUUAAACUAAAAGAUUUUUGACCUAACUAGAUCUAGACGUUUGAUUAGAUUUAAACUACUGAAAACACACAUAAUUUUGUAUUGUACGAAUGUCAUGGAAUAUGUAAACCAGGACAUUUAGGAAAAAAUAAAUCGAUUUUUAAAUACAGCACCUAGAGUAUAAUAAUGACGUCAAACAAAAAAGUCUAGAAUAGAAAAAUGGGUGUAAAUGCAUAAUUGCAUUUCUAAGUGCCUAACAUGCAUCCAAAAGUGCAUAAAUACAUAAAAAUCAGUAUUUUAAGGACCAGAUUUUGUUGUUCAGUGGGUUUUUGGGGUUACUGAACACGAAUACGCAAUCAGAACCGACCCCCGAAGCACCUAGUGCCCAGGAUUAUUGUUAAGGCACGUCAUCUGGAGUUUCGAGGGUUUUCGGCACUCGAUUGAUGCAAACAGAUUACGCGGAGAUUUUUGGGAUCACCGAACACAAUCUGAGAACCGACACCGGGAGUACUGGUGCCCUGUGCCCAGGGAUACUACUGAGGCACGUCAGCUUCUGAAGUUUCGAGGCAUUUCGGCACUAAAUUGAUGCAAACAGAUUACUGAUUACUUACAGGUUUUUUAGGUUGCUGAACAAGAAUAUAACAUCAGAAUCGGCCCUCGAAGCACCUAGUGCCCGCAGGGCGACUGUUAUCCACGUAAUCUAAAAUUUUGAGGCUUUUCGAAAUGAAAUUGAUGCAAGUAUAUUACCCAGAGGGUUUUUGGGGUGCUGAACAUGAAUGCGCCAUCAAAACCGACCUCCGAAAUCCAAAAAUCCUUAACAUUCCAGAAGAUGACGUGUAUAUCAGUCACCCUGGGCACUAAGUGCUCCGUGGGUCGGUUCUGAUCGGUUCUGAAUGCGUAUUUGUAUUCAGUGACCCAAAAAAAACCCGAAUAACAAAUUCUGACCCUUAACAUAUUGAUUUUGACAUGCUUAUGCACUUUUGGAUGCAUGUUAUGCACUUUAAAAUUCAAUUAUGCAUUUCCACCCAUGUUUCUAUUAUAGACAUUUUUCCUGACGUUCUGUUGAAGACAAUGCAAAAAGUUCCAAGUCUCUAGUAGUGGCAAGUAGUAGUUAGCUAGUUAUUAUUUAAAAAUCGAUUUAUUCCGGUUUUUUUAGUGCUAAAUGCCCUGAUCUAAUGCAUAGGUUUAAAGAACUGUGAAUGUUUUUAAAUUUUGUUUAUAUACAAAAUGAUUUAACCAAAUGAUAAAGAAUAAUGUAUAUUUUUUAGUCGUUUACGUAGUAAUAGAAGCGAAAAUCAACUGUAAAAAAAAUGGUGCUCCCAGAAACUAAGGGAUCAAAGUGCAAAAACAAGUUGUAGAGAUAAUAUUGUAGUUCAGGCGCGGAUCCAAGGGGGGUCAAUUUAGUCAAUUGCCCCCUCCUUGAGACUUCGCCUGGUGUCGCCUUUUUUUAAGAAAGAGAUAAUAAUUACGAUUGAAAAUAAAUAGUAAGUUUUGUGUCCUGUUGACAAACUGAAUAACGGGAUGAAACAUAAAACAGAAUUCCUUCUCCAACGUACGUGUUCUCGGUCUUACUGUAUGGUGUCGAGUCUUGGACUGUGAAUAAAAUCGAUCUACUUGAUAAAUCGCCUUGAGGCUUUCGAAAUAUGGUUCUAUAAAAGAAUUUUAAAAGUAUCUUGGGUGAAGAAGAUUCGAAACUCCACAAUACUAGAACGUCUCAGUAGAAUGUAAUGAGAAGUUUCCAAUAUAGAUUGCUACAAAAUAUUAUACAAGUGAAAAUAGAAGGCAAACGCAGUCCAGGACGAAAAAGCACUUUGCUGGUUGAUUUAGGGUGGCAGUGAAUAAAAUUAAGAUAGCUAUGAUAGUAACCAACAUUCUAAAAGGACAUGGUACAUGAAGAAAAAUAAAGUAACAGCCCAUACCGAAAAAGAAUCCUGAGUACGUGAGUGACGAGAAAAUUUUUAUUUCAUUGCCCUCUCCUUGCAAGGUUGCUGGAUCCGCCGUUGUUGUAGUUACAAUUAGAAAACUAUGAUGAGAUCAUGUUUUUAGUUGCGCUGUAUUUUUAGUUUUAUAUUUUUAUGGAUAUUUAUAACUGUAUUUAUAACUGUAUUAACUCAUAAAACUUGGUGAUGAUUCAUAUUUAAAAAUUAUUUUGCUGCUUUUGUGGUUUUAUGUAAUUAAAUUGUAGGUACAUAGUUUUUAUGUUGUAGUUGGAUCUCUUAUACCACCACACAUGGAUCCCUUGCCUUUUAGAUUAAUAACAACAAUACAAAAACACAAGAGCCCCGCAAACUGGAAUCAAAGAGCACAAAAUGUAAUAGAUAACGAGCCCAGUCCAGAAAUUGAAAUCAGGAGAGAAGUUAGGCAGGGAUGUAUUAUGUCUCCACUACUCUUUAUAUAGUGAAGCCAUUUUUGAAGAAGCAUUACUAUCUCAAAGUGAAGGAAUAAUAAUUAACUGAAGAUCUAUUAACAACAUAAGAUAUGCAGAUGACAUUGUGAUUAUGGAAGGCUCUGGUGAACAACUUCAAUUACUACUAAACAAAACAAACAGUCUCUGUGAAGAAUAUGGACUAAAAAUGAAUAUAAAACAGACCAAAUACAUGAUAAUAUCUAAGAAUAAAACAAACAUACAAACAAGCAUACAUUUGGGAAAUGUGCCGAUAGAAAGGGUUAACAAAUACAAAUACCUAGAAACCUGAACGACAGAAACGACCAAACGACAGAAAUAAGAACCAGGAUAGGAUUACCAAGAAAUGCGUUUGUAAAAAUGAAAACAAUUCUCUACAACAAAGACCUUAGAUUCGAACUGAGAGUAAGAUGAGCUUUGAGAUGCUACGUGUUCUAGAUACUGAAAUAUGGACUUGAAUGCUGGACAUUGAAGCAAGAACACAUAAAUAAGCUAGUUAUUUGUGGUGUUACAGAAGGAUGCUUAGAAUAGCAUGGAUACAGAAGAAAAGGAACACGGAAGUAUUGCGAGAAAUGGCCAAAGAAUGCGAAUUAAUAAACACAAUAAAAAUAAGAAAGUUACAAUAUCUGGGACAAGUAAUGAGGGGACAGCGAUAUGAAAUGCUAAGACUGAUAAUACAGGGAAAGAUAAGAGGAUGAAGGAGUGUAGGAAGAAGGAGAGUGUCGUGGUUGAAGAAUUUAAGGGACUGGUUUAAAUGCAGUUCUCUAGAACUCCUUAGAGCAGCGGUACAUAGAGUAAAGAUAGUGAUGGUGCCAUCCAACCUCCGAUUAGGAGACGGCACUUAAAGAAGAUGAAGUAGCCAACUUCGGUAGACGUACCGAAAUUUCAGUAGCCCUGGCAACACUGCCCUAAACCAUCUUUCUAUUCUUUUCUCUACGAAAAUUUAAUGGGAAUUUUGGCUUGGAAUCGUGGAAAUACCAAAUUAUAUUGUCAAAGCCAAAGACGCUAAUACAUUUUCUAAAGAAAGGCUAUUCUCUUAUCCAUUGCCUGCUAUUCUCUUAGUUAUUUCUAUUUAUAUUGUUAACAUACGUUACUUUCAACAAUGGAAUGGAUAUUAGGAUAUUUGCAUUUUUGUUUACAUUGCUGUAGUUCUCUCCUUCUCUGAAAGGAUAACAAAAGGCUACCUUCCUUCAUUGUCUUAAACAUGACUGUAUUCAAAAAUUCAAACCGUCAUUUACAUUUCGGAUUACCGAAUCCGAAAAUUGUUUCUAGAAUUCUCCAAACUGAACUAUUGGCCGAUAAAACAAUCGUUGUGUGUGCACACUUAGUAGUUAGACAAUACUGAUUAAACAGUCGGCCAAUAGUUGGCCGAUUUUUAGUUUGAAUGCAGUCGGGAAGCCCAUCAAACUUUUUUGAUGUGCUUCAAACAAAUACUACGGAAAACUCUUUCAAAAUUAAACAAUUUUAUUUUCCAUCAAAAUGAAAAUACAUUUUUGCGCCACGUAAUAUUCGUAUCAACUCUUUUGUAGCUAGAAUAUUGUGUGCGCCACUCAUUUUUACCGCGUUUAGCGGUUUUUUAUUCUUAAAUAGGGAUUUUUAAAUCGUUUUUUAUAAAUUAAAUGUAUGAACUGUAAUGUAAUGUUUCUCUAUUACACGUUAAGUGUUAGAAAUGGUCACAUUUGUCGGUGUGUCGCAUUAUUGCCCAAUUGGUCUAAUGGUUACGACACUAAACUUGUGAUAGGACAAUCCGAGUUCAUACCCCAUUAUUUUUUUGCUAUUCGGAAUAGAUUAAGAAAAUAGAUUAGUAUAGCUGUCAAAUAAACUCGGAUUGCCCGAUCAAAUUUAGCGUCGAACCACUAGACCAUUUCGGCAAUAAUGGUUAAAAUACAUUUGGAGCUCGAUAACUUCUAAACGAUUUAACCGAUUUUGAUCACUAAAGAUGAGUUUGAAAGGUAUUGACAAGUAGUGUAUGACGCCCCCAACGUCAAAUAUGAUAUCUGAAGGUAUUAUAGAAUUCAGUGAGCUUGAACAACCGUUUUCCCAUAUGAAAUGGAUUUGAUCAUAUGUACUUAUAAGUCCUAUAAUUUAAAAAUUCGAAUAUUCCCAGAUAUGAACGUUCAGUUAUUGACGCAAUUCGUAUGCGGAAAUUUUGAGUUUUUGUCAAAAAAUCAAAAUUUUCAAAAUUCAAUUUUUUAGUUUUUUGGCUAUACUUGCGGUAUUACGGUUUUUGCUAUUACUUGCUUGGCUAUGAUGUAUUUGCGGUUUUCGUAUCUCUCUUUGAAUCCAUGAUAGGUAACAUUUACCCAAAAAGUAUGCUCUGUUGUACGUACUCAGUCCUACAGCUGGUUUAUGGGUGGUCAAAAGUCACAAAACUACAUCGGUUCUAAAUCGGUCCCGACCCCCUCUUGACAUAUAGAAAAAAAAAUUCAGAUCGGUGUAACUUUCCCACACACAUACAAACAUAUAUUAAUGUACUUACUUAGAAACAUUUGCCCCUUUUAAGUGCUAAAAUUAGAUAAGUUAAUAGGGAGAGAUAACACUAGGUAACACAAUAGGGGAGUAUAUUUUCUACUAUGUUAUCUUUUACAUUAAAGACAUUUAAGUUGUAUCAUGUUGUAUAUCAAUAUAUUGAGAUAUUUCAACAAAAUACUAAUCAAAAUUAUCAAAAAAAGUAAAUGUACCAUAUAUGGACUCUUAAUACAUAGGCCUUAUGGGGGCAGUCAGUAAAAAAUAUAUCCUUAGAAAAACUCGAAAGACAAGGUAAGUUAGGUACAAGAUAACAUUAGAAAUACUAUUCCAAUAAAUUGUAUUUAAAGUUAAGUAGAAGAUAUAAAAGUUUAUAUAAUUUUUUUUAUUGCUAAAGAAACAUUUAAAGCCAUAGUUCGUUUUUAAGAGAAUACUUUACCUGCGAAACCUAUUGUUUCAUUCGCUCAUCUAUAUUGCUACGUAAACGAAUUAAAAAAAUAUUUAUAUGUGAAAACAAGUAGAUCUACUAACCUAUCGAAACAUGUGUUCAAAACUAAAAAUAACAGUAUUUACUCCAAUUAAUUAGAAAACAUUAAUCUAAGAUAUACAUCACUGUAUUUUUAUUAAAUAUAACUGUCUAUACUCCUUUUUAUUGUAAAUAAAAUAUAAAUACCUGA